AUGUCGCCAACAACAACAAGAACAACCACAACCGCCGCUAAAACUCAAAAUGACCCCCAAGAAAUCCCCGAAUUAAAUACCUACCCUGCCACCACGAAAGACGACCUCAUCCCGGCCCUCCGCCUCAUCGCCGACUCCGUCGCGCAACAGCGCCAAAGCGCCGCCCGCGCACUCAUCUUCCACCCCCUCUGGCUAUCUGCCAUGGCCGCCCUGAUCGCAAUCGUCUACAAAGUGCUCUACACCGAUUCGUCUGACCUCCCGCUCAUCGGGACGACGAGCGCAGGGUGCGUGAUGGCGGGGUUGUUGGUUGUGCGGGGGUUAACGGCGGGGUAUAUCGAGGAGGCGGAGAGGGUUGGGAGGUGGGAGUGGCUCUUCCCCAGUUCUAGCACCGGGACAGAGGGAGAGGAGAAGGGACAGGAGCAGGAGGUUCUGGUGACGAAGUUCGGGGAGAGGAUUAUCGCGGCGGUUGUGCUGCGCGGCGUUCCUGCCGAUGAGAAGGGGAAAGUGAAGGGGGUUAUUCGGGCGUGGACGGUUGAGAGACGGUAUCGCGGGAAGGGUGUGGGGGUUGGAUUGCUGGAGGAGGCAGUUGCAUUGUGCCGGGAGAAGGGAUGGGAGGGGCCGGUGUUUGAUGAUGAGCAUGCGAAUGCGAAGAGGGUGCUGCCGGGGUUGUUUAAUGGGCGGUUUGAGAGGAGGGAGAAAUGGGCGAGGAAGGUGCUGGAGGGCGUGAAGAAAAGGAUGGAGUAG